UAUCGACAAAGUGAGCCAUUAUUGAGACCAAAUGUGUGUGAUUUUCGUUAAUGAUGUGUGAUGUUUCAUUGAUGAGAACAAAAAAAUCUUUUGCUAAAGGGUUGAACUACCCAAGCAUAUCUUUGUUGCAACGAUUUUAGGGCGUAAAAAAAGAUAACGGAAUCAGUCCGCCCACGUCGAACAGUUCAGCAAACAAUGAAUAAUGAAGUGAGCACUUUGCUGAACCAGUUUGCAAGUGAAACAUUUAAAAAGUUCAAAAUAAUCGUUCAGAAUAUUGCGAAAAAUGAUGGAUUUUUCGGCAGCCUCACAUUCAUCACGAUUGAAGGUGUUAGUUGGAUCGGCAAUGAAAACAAAACACUCUGCGUUGCAGUAAAGAUGCAGAAAGAUGACUUAAAAGGUAUGCUUAAAGAUGUUUCGGAGGUAAUAUUUGAGGAAGAAAUCUUUAUCUACAACGAAGUAUUUCCAGCUUUCGAAAACAUACAGACAAAUCUAGUACGUAUAUUCAGACCCUAUCCUAGAUGCUUGAAAUGUUUUGCUAGACAUAAUACACUCAUUUUUGAAGACUUAAAAGCUCAAGGAUAUAAAAUGUACAAUAAAGACGUUCCAAUGGAUUUUGAGCAUUGUAAAAAGGUAAUGGAAGUUUUUGGAAAAUUCCAUGCUCUUUCUUUUGGACUGAAAAACCACAACAAUUCAUUGUUCAACAAAUUGGCAACGCAUGUUCAUAAGUUGAGUCUAAUGCAUGUUGAAAAGUCAAUCUAUAGGAAAUUCGACGUUCAUAGCCGUAGUAUGGAAGAAGCUCUGGAACUUCUAAAAGAAAAAGGUGACAAUUUGCUAAGUGAAGCAAUGCAGGCCGUAGUAGCAAGCUGGGAACUCAAAUUCAAUGGUUACUUUGACGUUGAUGAACAGCAAUCUGUAUUUGCACAUGGAGAUGGCUGGAACAACAACAUGAUGUUCUCCUACAACGAAGACAAUGCCUUGGAAUCGGCCAGACUAGUCGAUUGGCAACUUGCUGACAUAAGGACACCAGUAUACGACAUUUGCCUGUUCCUGUACUCAUCGUGUGGCGAUUUCGCAAACUUUGACAAACUGAUAAGCAUUUACCAUGAAUCUUUAGUCAAAUUUUUGGUUUUACUGAAUACUGAUCCUGAAGUAUUUACAUUCCAGGAUUUGAAAGACCAUUUGAAGAAAUACACUCCGUUCAUCAUAAUGCAUCUACCAUUUUUGAUGAAAUUCGUUUUCAGUGACGGGAGGAUAGAAGACUUUGAUGAGAAUAGCGAAGAUACUAUUCGUUUUCCUCCUUUAAAGAAGGAUUUAAUUUAUAGUAGGAUAAAAUCAGCGUUUCAGCAUUAUUACGCCACGUAUGUGAAAUAGUUUCUUGUUGUAACAAAGGUACGUGUUUGUACAUAAAAUGUGAGAUAUACAUGUACGUAUUUAUUAAUAAAGACCUAUGUAAUAGGUAACUUCAGCAAGAUGAUGGCCUUCAGCAGUAAUACACUGAAGAUUUGAUCUACUUUUCUACACAUUUCUGGGGUUAUGGUGGAUCUUUCCUCAACGAUUCGGGUCUUUAGCUCAUCUAAAGUGUGAGGGCGAUGUUUAAAAUCUUUCUCCUUCAAAUAACCCUACAGAAAAAAGUCGCAAAUGAUUAAAUCUGGUAAGCGCGCUGGCCAUCCCAAGUCACCUCUCAAAAACAAG